GUUUUUGUAACAGUUAUGCUAAACUAUCAAAUAUUAAAUGAUUUAGUGUUCUACCUUACCUUGUAUAUCGUCUUCUUGUUAAAUGAAUAGUUUUAUUCCAUUGAAUGCAAGUAAACCCUAAGCUGGAGCAGAUCUGCGCAGUGUGGAAGUGAGGCGGAAAAGCCGACGCACCUUCAAGAUGGAGCCAGUUCCUGAGAAGGGCGUAAUAGUGAACAGCUACGUUGGGGACAGUAAUGAUCAUGGCGAUGUUAUUUCGGCGGGUGUUCACGGGGUCUUCAGACAGAAAUCUUUUGGAGCAUGUGACCAUCAACGGCAAUUAAAUUCCCUAUCGUCCUAUGCAAAAGCCGCUCGUCUGUCAAUCGGAAGUGCUGCCGUAGGAAUUGGAAAUUUAUUCAGUCGCAAAAUGGCGGCCAGUGCAAAUUCUUCUUGUCCGUGGCCGAGUAGUCAAGAUGACUACGAAUUACGGGACGUUAUUGGUGUCGGUGCUACUGCGGUGGUAUACGGAGCAUAUUGUAAGCCUCGCGGGGAGAAAUGUGCUAUCAAACAGAUAAACUUAGAAAAAUGGAACACCUCCAUGGAUGAACUACUUAAAGAAAUACAGGCUAUGUCAAGCUGUAAUCAUGACAAUGUAGUGACUUAUUAUACAAGCUUUGUUGUGAACGAUGAACUCUGGCUGGUACUGAAACUGCUGGAAGGUGGUAGCCUUCUGGAUGUCAUCAAGCACAAGAUGAAGGUGACAAAUUGCAAGCAUGGGGUUUUUGAUGAAGCAACCAUUGCAACUGUCCUUAAGGAGGUUUUGAAAGGCCUGGAAUAUUUUCAUAGUAAUGGACAAAUACAUAGAGACAUAAAAGCUGGAAAUAUAUUAUUAGGUGAAGAUGGGACUGUUCAAAUUGCGGAUUUUGGAGUUUCUGCAUGGCUAGCAACAGACAAAGAUUUGUCUAGGCAAAAGGUGAGGCAUACCUUUGUGGGUACGCCUUGUUGGAUGGCGCCUGAAGUAAUGGAGCAAGAUCACGGAUACGAUUUUAAAGCUGAUAUUUGGUCUUUCGGUAUAACGGCCAUCGAAAUGGCCACAGGCACUGCACCAUAUCACAAAUAUCCGCCUAUGAAAGUACUCAUGUUAACUUUACAGAACGACCCUCCAAAUAUAGAUACCGGUUCUGAUGAGAAGGAGCAGUAUAAGGCUUACGGCAAGACAUUUAGGAAAAUGAUAUUAGAUUGUCUACAAAAGGACCCAUCGAAAAGGCCGACAGCUACAGAUUUAUUAAAACAUCCAUUUUUCAGAAAAGCCAAAGAUAGAAAGUAUUUGACGCAAACUUUAGUUGCAAUAGGUCCUAGCAUGGAAACCAGGGUAAACAAGGCCAGUAAACGGCAACAGGGUACCUCCGGUCGGUUGCACAGAAGUGUGACUGGCCAAUGGGUUUGGAGUGAAGACGAGGAUGAAGGAAAUGCACAGGCUGAGUCCGAGGAAGAUACCUCCCCAAAGGAGGAUAAGAGGCCCAUGAAUGAAUUACAGAGGGCAGAGUCUAGUGGCAGUGAAGAAGAGGAAACCGCUGAAUCUCAGAAGAAAAAUACAGAAGUGAGGAUUGGUGAUAAAAAUGAACCACCUGUUAUUAAUUUGGUUUUAAGGCUGAGGAAUUCCCGUCGAGAACUUAACGACAUCCGUUUCGAGUUCAUAAUGGGCAAGGAUUCUGCGGAGGGCAUAGCCGCUGAGUUGGUCGGCGCUGGACUGGUGGAUCCCCACGAUUCAGUUCCUAUCUCGACGAAUCUCAACAAACUGUUGGAGUCGCAGUGGACAACGCCGUCGCCGCCUAAAGCUGUCACAUUCCAUUUGAAUUCCGCCGGCCCAAAUGACCAGUUUGAUGACAAAACACUCAUAGGAUUCGCGCAGAUAUCCAUAAUGGAAUGAGGUGUUUCGGGAUGGCGUGUGACCUAGUAAAUUGUAGAAUUUUGCGGUGUUUAUGUACACUGUAUUUAUAAAAAUCUGAAUUUCUAAUUCUAUGCAUAUAUUCUUGUUAUUCUUUAUGGUGCUAGAGGCGGAAUGCGCGAUGCCUUGCUGCCUACGUAUUUGAUGCGCGGGCAUAGUUAAACUUUUUUAAUUUAAAAUAACUAGAAUACAUUGGCCAUCAAUUUUACCGAGCCAAAGAUAUUAGUUUUUAUUUUAUAAUAAGCAGUACCAGGAUCUGUAGCUAUAAGAUAUUAUUUAAUUGUUUUGCAGUGCAAAGAGAAAUCAUAAAUGUGAUUUGAUUCAUUUAAACGGAUUAUAAAUGUAAUUAUGUUAAUAUUAUUUCGUGAUAUCAAUUUAGAAAUUGCACUGGUUUGCAUUUUUUAUAUAUUAUUAUUAACGGGCCUAGAAAUCUCAUCAAAAUGACUCUUCUGGUGCUGUCCUGCAUCAUCUGAUAAUUUUAUCAACAAAAUUAAUUAAAGAUGACUUUCAUAUCUUCAAGCGAAUCCAAAUUUGGCGUACCGAUAUCGUAUUUUAAACAGAAUUUAUUCCUAAUAAUGAAACACGAAAGCAGAAUAAAUGCAGUGGAAAUGAGAGCGUUAAGGAGUAUGAUGGGUGUGAAAUUGAGUAACCGGAUAAGGAACAGCAUGAUAAGGGAAUGUUGUGAUGUGAAAGAAGAUGUAGUUACAGGAAUAGAAAAGGGUAUGUUGAGAUGGUUCGGUCAUGUGGAGAGGAUGAAUGAAAACAGGUUGACUAAGCAGAUAUACAAGGGGAGUGUGGAGGGAAAGGUCGGGGUGGGAAGACCUAGACGAACAUAUCUUGAUCAAAUUAAGGACGUCCUGGUGAAGGGUCAGGUCAAAAGUGCCCGAAACCGCCGAGCUUGCAUGAAGAGAGUUAUGAAUGUGGAUGAAGCAAAGGAAGUAUGCAGGGAUCGUGGCAAGUGGAAAGAGGUAGUCUCUGCCUACCCCUCCGGGAAAGAGGCGUGAUUUUAUGUUAUGUUAAAUUAAUUAAAGAUGACUUACAUAUCUUGAGCGAAUCCUAAUUAUUCCUAAUCAGGUUUACUUCGUUAAGAUUAAUUAUGUGGUGGGAUUAUAGCAUUAAUCACUUCGAACAAUAAAUAUAUGUAGUAUAGCAUUAAUCACUUCGAACAAUAAAUAUAUGUAGAUUUAAAAAAAUAAUAGCAUUGAAAUGUUUGAUUAAAAUUUGAACAAAUAAUCAUUACGGAAACAUAAAAACUAGUCCAUAUUGAAUCACAUAAAAUUUUAAAUACUAUUCUUUGCCUUACUACCUAUUUGAGUUCAUAAUUAUCAUUCUUUAUCAUUUUAUUUUUCAUACAUAUUUGUUUCUACAUUUUUAUAACUACUAACAGAGCUCAACAUUGAGGUAUCUUAUUUUUUUAUUACUAUUUCCGAGAAGUUAUUUCCAAGAACCAUUUUUUUUCAGAUAUUUUUUCUUCAUAACAUUCAAUGAACUUAAUCAUAUCAUGAGGCACCUAAGUUGGCUAAAAACUUUUAAAAAUAGUUUAAUAAAAUUAAUAAAACACUUCUGGUAAAGAAAUUUAUAAAAACAAAUACUUAUCAAGAUAAAAAACAUUUAUGAAUAUAAUAGUUAUUUAUUUCAUGUGUAUAAGAAGUGACAUGAAUUUCAAUGAUUGCGAUUUUUUCAUAUGGUUUGUUUCUUUUUUAUGAGGAAUGAUCAUUUUGUUUUCAAAUAGUAUGAAAAAUAUUUUCGUAACUGUGAUUCUUACACACAAAAAAGGCGGGCACAUUUUCUAAUAUAACUUUUCAAGUCAUAUCACUUGUAAAGUUAUGUUAGAAAAUGUGCCCGCCUAUAAAAAACCUGAAUAAAGUUCAUAAUAUUUUUUCAUAGCAAAUGUGAACGUUUGCAGGUUUAUCGCAAAAUGUAUGUAAACCAGUGUUAUUUGUAAGUUUUAUAUUUCUUUCUCGUAUGAAGUACCCAUAGCAAAGAAAUUAAUUUUAAAGAGAAAUCAGUACUUACGAAUGUAAUUUGUUUUAGUACGACAGUCCAGAUUAGUGAAUUAAUACUAUGAGUUAUAUUAAAUUAUUUAAUUUAUUAAAUAACGGUAUUUGUAAUGAAAGUAACAUAGGUUAAAUAGCAUUAAAUGAACCUAUAUAGAUUAUCUUGUACUAAUGUACAAUACUUAUGAAAAUCAUUCUAAAUUGGUGGUAGUAAGUUAAGAAUUGAAUUAAUUGUCUUCUGCUUGAAAUUCUAUAGUCUAAAAUAUUAAUACUUACCUACUAUUUUUUUACUGACUUGACGUUUGUAUACUAGCAUGAUAGGUAUUCUUUUAUUGAAUGUUUAGCUCAUGGAAUAAGUGUAGUUAUUAAUCUAACAAAGUUGAACAUGAGUAUUUUAUAGUAAAAUCAUAUCACAAUAAUUUUGUAUGUUCUUCCUUCUAAAUUAUUUAGGCCUAAAUUAUGAAGGUGUUAUUCCAGGAACAUUUUAAUUCCUCAACAUUUUCCUUGAAAUUUAUUUCCAUUUUUACAAGGUUUUGUUACAUGAAAUGUAAUGCAAUAAAUGUUAAGUGUUUCGAGAAAAAAAAAAUAACUUGUUUGGUUUCGACCGGCGCCAUUGUAACCAGCAAUUUCUUAACCCAAGGAAAGCUUGUAAUAUUGUUUGUUAUUAAUACGAAUUAGUCAAUUGAAAAAUAUUUCUAAAUAAGGUACCAUCUAGACAUAUCGGAGAAAGUUGUGUUAGGUCUUUUCAAAGGUUCACAAAAUACCACGGCCAGUUUAUAUCAUAUUUGAUAAUUGAAUCCGUUUAUAAGUAACAAAAAUUAAUAAUUACAAUGUGCCUUGCUUUGUAGCUUAGAUUAGACGGAAAUAACCGCGUACGCUUGUAACUAUGUACUAUAGUUAGUUUAGAGUAGAGAAACCAUGUAAUCCUCAAAUAUCCAUGUAAAACUAAAGAGUCCAUAAUGGGUCCUAUACAUUUUAAUGACAUUUGAACAAUAACAUGUUAAAACCUUUGCGAAUAAGUCAUGCGGUUUUCUAAUUAUUCCAUUAUUCCAUUUGACGCCUAAUAUGGACUUAAAAAAUCAUGUACAAUAAUGGUGACGAUAGAUUGCACACCAUUUUUAUGGAUUAAACGAAAAUGUGAUAAAAUAAACGACUAUUAUAUAGUAUUUUAUGUUUUUGUGUUGAAAACAAAAUUUGUAUUAACCCUUUUUAGACAUGUUUGUACGUAUUAAUUGACUUAUUGAUAAGUUAGUGGGUAAACAUUAUCCUCAAGGUAAGACAAUAUUAUUGAAUAUACAUUAGUCAAACAGUCUAGUACGUGAAUAGUGAAUAACGCAUUUUUACCCAAAGAGGGCAGAGUCAACAUCACAUUAUUGUUUGUGAAUUGAAAGUGAUUGAUCAAACUGUUUCUUCGUAUUGUUAUGUUUCUUUAUUGACGUGGAAGCAGACAGACAGUCAGAUAUUCUAAUAAUCACUAUUGGUAUUUAUAUCGAUUUCUUGGAAAUACCUUUCAAAUACAAUCAUCGGUCAGUUACUAUUUUAUUUAAAUGAAUGCAUAACAAUUGUAAACAAUUUACUGUUUUGAAUCCGAUUUUCUAGAAUUUAUCGACCUCUAUAAACCUAGGCUAUUUUACCUAAAAAAAUGUAACAAGUCAUUACCAACAGUCUCGAAAAGACUAAGGCCAUGUUCAGCUGAUAAAUUGAAUGAAUGCACUUCAAAAAACAUUACAAGGUAAUUAACACAGUAUGUGUUAUUGGACUAAUAAAUAAUACUUUGUGCUUUAAAGACAAACAGAGUUUCACUGAAAAUACACGCAAUAAAAACAAAAACAAAGGAGGGAUCGAUAUAUGACUGAUCACAUCAGUUUAAACUUUAAUUUUAACAAUCGCAAUUUUGUAUUUCGGUCAAUAUCAAUAAAUAAAAGACUUUAUACAAUGUUUAUCAUAAGCUAGUCUAAAGCGUUUUGACCCUGACCUUAAAAUAUAAAUCCCUCUUGCAAUUUAUUAAUUAUUAAAAGAUAAGGUUGUAGACUUCUGGGUAUGAUCGUGUUAUUGUUUAUGUUAUUCAUUUUUAUGGUAGCAAUAUGAAUAGUAUAGUAAAAUCAUUGCAUGUUGCGAUGUAUUUUUUAGAGAAAUCUGUCUUCUCAAAAUAAGCAUGACUUUUACAAUGUUUAAUUUUGUAUUUAUCUAGUCUUAAUCAUCAACAUACAUCCCUUAUCGAAACAACACAAUGGAAAUUAUGAUUUUAAUUACUAGAUAUUGGAAAUUUAAGCUGGACAAGCAAAUAAAGAAGAAUUAUACAUACUCAAGUGAACUCUGGAAAACAUUUAUUUUCUAGGAGUCAUUUCGUUGUUACUUUACUUUGAAGAAGAUAGGAGAGUUGAUCGUUGGUACGAAACUGUACGGAUGCCAUAAGUUUCUGAGCUAGUUUUUUUUUUAAAUUUAAUAUAUAAAAUCUUCAAUUUACAAUAAAGGGAACGUUGAGAACAAAUUUUAUUUAUUGAAAUACAACAAUCGUAUUCUUUGACCGCCAUGGACAACUUUAAGCUCCAAUCUGAAGACGAUCGACUUCCCUGAGACGCCAGCGACCUUUAAGGUGCCCAAAUUAGUAACAUAUUUAAAGCUUAGAACAUGUUAAGGAAUCUGUUUCUAAAGAAGAUCGGUAUAGGCAAAAAUAUGGUCGCAGCGUAGUGCGUGGGCACGUUUAACAUUUUUAUUAACGGCGUUCAACGGAGCUGACGAAUUUUGAUGCUGCAAAGCACAACACAUGGUAGCCGUACUGACUGGAUGUAACAGGGACAUGGAAUGGGAUGCGCCAAAAAUUAAGUCAAGCAUUACAAAUAUUACUAUGCUUCAGUUCUUCAGCUAGAUAUGAACAUAAAACGUACCUACGUUUGAAUUAAUUUAUAAAAUUUAUUAGAGCAGUAUUAUUAACCUUUGUAUUUUGUAGAAUUAUAAAAUUCUAUAAAGUAGUUGAAUUUAUUAGGAAUGAGUUGUACAUAAUAUAACAUGUAAUAUUAAUAUUCAGUUACAAAAAAAUUUGUUUGUUGAAAUACACUCCAAUGUACCUACGAGUAAUUAUACUAAAUAAAAAUAGACUUUAAGCAUCUUUGAUUAUUUAUAUUUUACCUGUAUGUUUAAUUAACGUAUUUGAAAAAUGAAUCUACCAAAUAUUGCGAUUUUUCUGGUGACACCUAGUAAUAAAACUAAUAUAAGACUGAUUAAAAAAGCACACGCGAAGUUUAAAAGGUUUCAAAUGGAAAUAAUUAGAGGUGUGAUUGCUUAUCAACAAUAAUACUUA